ACAAAAAAAAAUCAAUUUAAGCCUUGCGUUACUGAAGAGCCUUGUUCCAGUAACCCUAGUAGACUACUCUAGUAGUAUGUUUACUCAAGAAAAAUACACACACUCUCUCUCUCUCUCUCUCUCUCUCUCUCACGCAUUUCCUUCUAAUCAUCGAUGUCUCAGCUGAGGAGAAAGCCAAAUUUGUCAGACGAGAGUCUCCCACACGACGUCGUAUUCGACAUCCUGACUCGGCUGCCAGUGAAAUCCUUAAUCCGAUUCAGGUGCGUUUCAAAAUCAUGGUACUCUACAAUCACAAACCCCAUUUUCAUUACCACACACCUCAAUCACAACCUCAACCAACCCAAGUCAUUAGUAUCCAAUACCCAUUACAAUAACAGCCAUAAUGGUUUUCUGCUAUACAAGUCUUCUGACAAAGAAUUGUGUACUUUAGUUUACAACAGCGACGGCACAUUCACCGAGGUUUCUAGGUUUCAAAUACCCUUUUUAGCUUCCAGCGUGGUUGACUAUUGUAAUGGCAUGUUCUUCCUUUAUAGCUUUUUUGGUCCUACAAAUGCUGUAUAUUUGUGGAACCCAGUUAUUCAAAAGUUUAAAAUGAUCGAUGUUAUGCACCUCAGACCCUUCACUGUCGAAUUUUUAGAAACAGUCGCCUUUGGAUUUGCUUAUCAAUCUCAAAACAGUGAUUUCAAGAUUCUCAGGAUUGUAUCUUAUGAGGGGCUUGGUGAUGAAAAGGCGCCACCACCUGAUGCCGAGGUUUACACACUGAGUACUGAUUCGUGGAGAACUGUUGAAUUGUCAGUGGAAUCUGUACCAAAUAUUGGAUCUAUUUUUGCUGUACUACCAAACUCCUGUGUAUUUUUGAAUGGAGCUCUGCAUUUUGUUGCAUAUACUUGGGGCAAUGACAGUGACAAUUUCAUCUUGUCUUUUGAUGUCAAUGAUGAGAUAUUUCGAGAGAUAAGACUGCCGGAGAAUUACUUAGAUGAAUUUUAUUCAAAGUUUGAUGACUGUGUUCACCAACUUGUGGUGUUCAAGGGAAUGUUGGCUUUGGUUGUUCUUGGUCCGGCUGAGAAUGUAGAUGAAGAUGAAGAUGAAAUAAAUACGGAUAUAUGCCUCAUAUGGGUAAUGAGAGAGUAUGGUAUAGUUGAGUCUUGGACUAAGACAAAUGUACUAUUUGAUUGGGUUAUGACGUUCUUUGACUGCACUAACAGCGGCGAAUUUCUAAUUGAAACUUUUGACAGCAGGCUCGUUUCAAUAGACUCUGAGAGCCUGCAAGUGAACAAUCUUAGAAUUCAAACAACUACCUGGUUGGCUUACACAGCUGAUCUUAUGGAGAACUUGGUUUUACUUGAUCAGCAAAAUGAAGCUGAUACUCCUUUGAGUCCUGAGAGAAAUCAUGGAGAAUAGCACAACAGAUUUUAUACAUGCUUGUUGGUAGGAAAUGUUAGGCUGAUCUAAGCAGGCAUGAAAAUAUGUUUGCUAAGCAUAUGUGCUUACUUGUAAGAGCUUAAUCAGCUUAAGUUCUUUGCCAGUACACUACAAAUGAAGGCAUGAAUAUUUGUAUUUGUACAAGAUGCAAUUGAGAGAAGCAAGGAAGAAAAAGAAGAUUGCAACCUACGUAGAGAGAGAGAGAGAUGAAUUUAGUGUUUUUGCAGCCAUGUUGUUUGACCUGAUUUAAAGACAAAAGGAAUCAAGUGG